AUGAGGAUUACUUUAAACAUCUGUCUCUAUCUUUCCUGUACUUUUGUCUCUUCUGCUUUAAUUUCAGACUCCUGUCAAAUUCAGGGACACUUCAAGCUGAACGGGAUGUACCAGGGUGGAGAUUUUAUCUUUGGAGGCUUGUUUGAAGUUCAGCACCUCAAAGUCUUUCCAGAACUUAGUUUCAGAAUGGAACCGGAACAGCCCAAGUGUGAGGAAUUCUAUAUGUCAAGUUUCCAGCAGGCACAAACAAUGGUUUUCGCUGUUGAUGAGAUCAAUAAGAAUCCACACCUGUUGCCUAACAUCACGCUUGGUUAUCAUCUUUAUGACAACUGUUUGAAGCUUGUAGUGGCAUUCCGGGCUGCUACAACUCUUAUUAGUGGCACAACAAAUACAUUUUCAAACCUGAAUUGCUCUGGCCCACCACCAGUGAUUGCUAUUGUUGGGGAUCCUGGGUCCACUCACUCCAUUGCAGUUUCUAGUGUACUUGGUCUUUUUCGCAUUCCAAUGAUUAGCUACUAUGCCACCUGCUCCUGUUUGAGUGACAGGAAAAAGUACCCCUCUUUCUUCAGAACAAUCCCCAGUGAUGCCUUCCAGGUGCGGGCUAUGGUUCAGAUCUUAAAAUAUUUUGGAUGGACAUGGGUUGGGGUUCUUUAUAGUGAUGAUGAUUAUGGAAUCUAUGCUGCUCAGUCUUUCCAUCAUGAAAUGCAGAAAUUUGGAGGGUGUGUGGCCUUUUCUGAAAUAAUUCCCUAUGAUAAUCACAGGGACAUUCAGCGCAUAGUGGCAGUGAUUAAAGCCUCUACAGCCAGAGUAGUGGUGGCAUUCUCAACUGAUCUGUUACCCCUGAUGGACGAAUUGUUACUGCAAAAUGUGACAGGCAGGCAGUGGAUUGCAAGUGAGGCUUGGACCACCUCACCUGUGCUCCACCUUCCACGUUUUGUACCCCUUGUUGGGGGCACACUGGGCAUUGCCAUCCGUCGAGGAGAGAUCCAGGGACUUAAUGACUUUCUUCUAUGUCUACAACCUGACAACGAUCCAAGAAAUAAUUUGGUGAGAAUCUUCUGGGAGAACAUGUUUGGGUGCAGUUUUGAGAAUGGAAGUAGAGAUGGGGAAAAAAUGUGUACAGCGGAAGAGGAUUUGAACAGCACAGUUCAUGAAUAUAAUGAUGUAUCAGAGCUGAGGGCCUCUUAUAAUGUGUAUAAAGCAGUUUAUGCCCUGGCACAUGCACUUCAUGACCUGAUGCAGUGUGAGGAGGGGAGAGGACCAUUCAAUGGGAACAGAUGUGCUGACAUAUCCAACCUACAGCCAUGGCAGAUGGUUCACUACCUACAGAAAGUGAACUUCACCACAGGUUUUGGGGAUCGUGUGUCAUUUGAUAAGAAUGGAGAUGCACUGGCCAUCUAUGAUGUGAUGAACUGGCAGCCGAGUUCUGAUGGAUCGAUUGUUGUCCGCACAGUUGGUGUGGUAGAUGAAGGGGCGACAACAGGGAAAGUGCUCACACUGGAUGACGAUGCAUUAUACUGGAACUCUAAGACAAAAAAACCCCCACGGUCUGUGUGCAGUGAGAGUUGCCCCCCAGGAACCAGACGAGCCAUGAGGAAGGGCUUUCCUGUCUGCUGUUUUGAUUGCUUGCCCUGUGCAGAUGGAGAGAUAUCUAAUGUAUCAGAUUCUGCUGAAUGCACAGUGUGUCCAAAUGAAUUCUGGUCCAGUCCAGAAAAAAAUCACUGUGUCCCUAAAGAAGUAGAGUUUCUGUCUUAUGAGGAUCCUCUGGGAGUCUCGCUUACUACUGCUUCCCUGCUUGGCACCUGCUUCUGUUCCCUUGUGAUGGUCAUCUUUGCUCAUUACCGUAAUACUCCUGUGGUACGCUCCAACAAUUCAGAGCUCAGCUUCCUGCUGCUGUUGUCACUCAAACUGUGUUUUCUGUGUGUGCUGCUGUUCAUUGGCAGGCCACAGUUGUGGACUUGUCAACUAAGACACGCCAUGUUUGGUAUUAGUUUUGUACUUUGUGUCUCGAGCAUCCUGGUCAAGACAAUGGUGGUAAUAGCUGUGUUCAAGUCAUCUCGACCAGAGGGUACAAGUACAAUGAAAUGGUUUGGAGCAGCUCAACAAAGAGGCACCGUCCUAGUUCUCACUGCUGUCCAGGUUGUGAUAUGUGCAGUGUGGCUAUCAACUGCCUCUCCAACACCCCAUAAAAACAUUCAGUAUAUCAGAUCUAAAAUAGUAUUUGAAUGUGCCAUUGGUUCAGUGGCUGGGUUUGCCAUUCUGCUUGGGUACAUUGGCCUCCUGGCAGCAGUAAGCUUCCUGUUAGCUUUUCUUGCUAGAAAUCUUCCAGAUAAUUUUAAUGAAGCCAAAUUCAUUACCUUUAGUAUGCUUAUAUUCUGUGCUGUGUGGAUUGCAUUUGUUCCAGCAUAUGUGAGCUCACCAGGGAAAUAUGCAGUGGCUGUGGAGAUAUUUGCUAUUUUAGCUUCUAGUUUUGGAUUACUGGUGGCCAUAUUUGCCCCAAAGUGCUAUAUCAUCCUUUUACACCCUGAAAGAAACACUAAAAAAGCCAUCAUGGGAAGAAAAGCUGAAAAGAAAUAA